UUUGUAAAAUUCAAAUCGGAAUAGGACUGGUUUACACACCGCUGGAAAUGAAACAACGAAACACACGCUGAAAAAAAAUGGACCUGUGAAAAUCUGAGCAUUAUGGAAUGGCAAAAAUCUGCAGACCGGCCACAUAGUUAUAAACAAAUUUAUUCAUGAUUUAUUCGGUAGUUUACUAACAUUAUGUGUAAAAUUAUACUAUCUGAAGCUGGCUGCUUUAAGUCAGAUUCAAAACAGUUCUAUAAAUAUUCGGAUACUCAAAAUCGUAUAUAUUUUCAUGUAAUUCUUAUUGACGCGACAAUAUUCUUUUUUACAGAUUAAAUAAUGAGGUUACCAUUGUGCUUGACAUUGCUAGCUGUGGCGGUAAAGUGUCAAGUGAUUGACGACGUCAAUCGUCUCUACCAAGAUAAACUGAGUAACUAUGAGAAACGGAUCCGGCCAGUGAUACUGCAGUCACAUGCUGUGCAAGUCUAUAUUACCUUUACAUUUAGGGGCUUAAGGAGCUUUGAUGAUCUUUCUGGCAAAGCAAAUUUUCUCUCUUCAUUUACCUUUAGAUGGAAAGAAGAUAGAUUAACCUGGAAUGCAUCCGAGUAUGGUGGCGUUGAGCACAUUGUACUCCCGCAUUCUGAUGUUUGGACUCCGGAUGUGAUUAUGGUUGACUACCCGGAUCUUAAAAACGCUCCCGGUACAAAUAGUAAGAAUGUGAAAAUCGAAUAUAAUGGUAACGCUGCAAUGAACAGUUUAGAUAUGUUGGAAACUAUCUGUACAGUUGAUAUAACAAAGUAUCCAUUUGAUCGUCAAAUAUGCAAAAUAUUAAUUACACCUUGGGGAUAUAGUUCAGACGAAAUAGAACUGAUAGAGGACACAAACCAUACAAUAACUGUGGCUGAACCAGACACAGAGUCUCAUAGUGCAUGGCUACUGACAGAUGUAUCCUUGUCUGUGACGUCAACAGUGACGUUUUCGCGACUCAGCAUCACAAUAAAAUUCGAAAGGCGAAGUUUGUAUGUGAUUGCAAACUUAAUAAUUCCAAUAUUUACUCUUGGAUUCCUUAAUCCUUGGGUAUUCUUGCUACCACAGGAGUCAGGAGAAAGAACGUCAUUUUCAAUAACAGUUUUGCUGUCAUUUGCGGUCUACAUGGGUAUCCUUAGUGAUAACAUGCCGAAGGGAUCUCAACCAUUAUCAGACAUGAAUUAUCUUAUGAUAUGUAUGUUAAUGUACAGUGUCAUUUUACUAUUUCUUACUGUCGUUUCAUUGAGAAUAUACAAUAACAAUGGACAAAAAGAUGUUCCGAAGUAUUUGCGAUAUUGUAUGAGGAUAAUACGUUGUAAACAUUUCUAUAAUAUAAAAACCACGUCAGAUGUAACAACAAUUGAGAAUCGACAACAGACAUGGGCCGAUGCCAUUGAACCAGAUGAUAUCAACAAACAAAGUCUAGUUAUGAAUAACCCCCAACACGCUUCAAGUAUAAGACUUCAAGAUGAGACUACCGUAACAAAAGCGGAAAUGGAAAGAGCAGACCACAAAGAAGAUGAUGUCUGUCCUGAACUUGAAGUCACUUGGAUAGAUAUUGGAAAGGUUUUUGAUAAUUGCGCGUUAGUAUUUGCACUAAUACUCUGGGCAGUUCAGCUUAUUAUGGAGUAUAAGAUAUCGAUGAACUGAUGAAACGUUUACACAAUGACAUGUGAACACCGUAGAGGUCUCCAUACAA